AUGGCACACUCCGCUGCUUCGGGCGCCGCCGCCGCCGCCGCCUCCGCCGCCCACGAGGAGAAGAAGCCGCCACUCCCCGAGGAGGAGGAUGAGGACGAGGACAUGGACGCCCUCAUCGAGGAGCUCGAGUCCCAGGAUGGCCACAUCGAUAUCGAGGACGACGAAGAUGGCGAGCCUGGCGGUGCCCGUCCCGUGCCCGACGAGCUGCUCACCACCGACACGCGCCACGGUCUGACCGAUGCCGAAGUCGUCGCGCGCCGCAAGAAGUACGGCCUCAACCAGAUGAAGGAGGAGAAGGAGAACCUGAUCCUGAAGUUCCUCAGCUACUUCGUGGGGCCCAUCCAGUUCGUUAUGGAGGCCGCCGCCAUUCUUGCCGCCGGUCUCGAGGACUGGGUCGAUUUCGGUGUCAUCUGCGCGCUUCUCCUGCUCAACGCCUGUGUCGGGUUCGUCCAGGAAUUCCAGGCUGGCUCCAUCGUCGACGAAUUGAAGAAAACCCUCGCGCUCAAGGCUGUCGUGCUCCGCAAUGGCCGUCUGACUGAGGUCGAGGCCCCCGAGGUCGUGCCCGGCGAUAUCCUCCAGGUCGAGGAGGGCACCAUCAUCCCCGCUGACGGCCGCAUCGUCACCGAGGAGGCCUUCCUGCAGGUCGAUCAGUCCGCCAUCACCGGUGAGUCGCUGGCCGUCGACAAGCACAAGGGUGAUACCUGCUAUGCGUCCUCUGCCGUCAAGCGUGGUGAGGCCUUCAUGGUCAUCACCGCCACCGGAGACAACACCUUCGUCGGCCGUGCCGCCGCGCUUGUCAACGCCGCCUCCGCCGGUACUGGCCAUUUUACUGAGGUGCUCAACGGCAUUGGCACUGUUUUGCUCAUCCUCGUCAUUCUCACUCUGCUGGUCGUCUGGGUUUCCUCCUUCUACCGUUCCAACUCCAUUGUCACUAUUCUCGAAUUCACCCUGGCCAUCACCAUCAUCGGUGUCCCCGUCGGUCUCCCCGCGGUUGUGACCACCACCAUGGCUGUCGGCGCCGCCUACCUGGCCAAGAAGAAGGCCAUUGUCCAGAAACUGUCUGCCAUCGAGUCCCUUGCCGGUGUGGAGAUCCUCUGCUCCGACAAGACCGGUACUUUGACCAAGAACAAGCUCUCCCUCGCCGAACCGUACUGCGUUUCUGGUGUUGACCCCGAGGAUCUGAUGCUGACGGCCUGUUUGGCUGCCUCCCGCAAGAAGAAGGGUAUCGAUGCCAUCGACAAGGCGUUCUUGAAGUCUCUCCGCUACUACCCCCGCGCCAAGUCCGUCCUCACUCAGUACAAGGUCCUCGAGUUCCAUCCCUUCGACCCCGUCUCCAAAAAGGUCAGCGCCGUCGUGCUGUCCCCCCAGGGCGAGCGCAUUACCUGCGUCAAAGGUGCCCCCCUCUUCGUCCUCAAGACCGUCGAGGAAGACCACCCCAUCCCCGACGAAGUCGAUAGCGCCUACAAAAACAAAGUCGCCGAGUUCGCUACCCGUGGUUUCCGCUCUCUCGGUGUUGCCCGCAAACGCGGUGAGGGUUCCUGGGAAAUCCUUGGAAUCAUGCCCUGCUCGGAUCCUCCCCGCCACGACACCGCCAAGACCAUCAAUGAGGCCAAGACGCUCGGUUUGUCCAUCAAGAUGUUGACCGGUGACGCGGUCGGUAUCGCCCGUGAAACUUCUCGCCAGCUCGGUCUCGGAACCAAUGUUUACAACGCUGAGCGUCUUGGUCUCGGCGGCGGCGGAACCAUGCCUGGCUCGGAGGUGUACGAUUUCGUUGAGGCCGCCGAUGGUUUCGCGGAGGUUUUCCCCCAGCACAAGUACAACGUCGUUGAGAUCCUGCAACAGCGUGGUUACCUCGUCGCCAUGACGGGUGACGGUGUCAACGACGCCCCAUCCCUCAAGAAGGCCGACACCGGUAUCGCCGUCGAGGGUGCCUCCGACGCCGCCCGCUCCGCCGCCGACAUCGUCUUCCUCGCCCCCGGUCUCUCUGCCAUCAUCGACGCGCUCAAGACCUCCCGUCAGAUCUUCCACCGCAUGUAUGCCUACGUCGUCUACCGUAUUGCCCUGUCCCUCCACUUAGAAAUCUUCCUGGGUCUCUGGAUCGCCAUCCUCAACACAUCCCUCAACCUCCAGCUUGUCGUCUUCAUCGCCAUCUUCGCUGACAUUGCUACCCUCGCCAUCGCCUACGACAACGCCCCUUUCUCCAAGACGCCCGUCAAGUGGAACCUGCCCAAGCUAUGGGGAAUGUCUGUCCUCCUCGGCAUCGUCCUCGCCAUCGGCACCUGGAUCACCCUCACAACCAUGCUCGUCGGUUCCGAGAACGGCGGUAUCGUCCAGAACUUCGGUCGACGCGACCCGGUCCUCUUCCUCGAAAUCUCUCUGACCGAGAACUGGCUCAUCUUCAUCACCCGCGCGAACGGGCCCUUCUGGUCCUCGAUCCCGUCGUGGCAACUGUCCGGUGCCAUCCUGCUCGUGGACAUCAUCGCCACCUUGUUCACGAUCUUCGGUUGGUUCGUGGGUGGGCAGACGUCCAUCGUCGCCGUGGUUCGUGUUUGGGUUUUCUCUUUUGGCUGCUUCUGCGUCCUUGGUGGACUGUAUUAUCUGCUCCAAGGCUCGGCGGGCUUUGACAACAUGAUGCACGGGAAGAGUCCGAAGAAGAAUCAGAAACAGAGAUCAUUGGAGGAUUUCGUUGUUUCACUCCAACGAGUCUCCACACAACACGAGAAGAGCUCAUGA